GAAGAGAGCGAGUCCCAAGCCAAACGCACUCUUCUCUUCCGUCCUCACUCGCUCGCUAACCUGUUCGACAUGGGGUCGUUGCCGGACGAGACCAUUUUCCGGUCCAAGUUACCGGACAUCGUCAUCGACAACAACCGGCCUCUCCACGCCUACUGCUUCGAGCGGCUGGCGGAGUUCGGAGACCGCCCCUGCCUCAUUGACGCUUCCAGCGGUACUGUUAUGAGCUACUCUGAGGUCAACCGCAUGGCCAGGCGUGCUGCUUCAGGGCUGCGCCGGCUGGGAGUCGGCCGGGGGCAGGUUAUCAUGACUCUGCUCCGCAAUUCGCCGGAGUUCGUCUUUGCCUUCCUUGGUGCUUCCCUCUGCAGCGCCGUGGCGACCACCGCCAACCCGUUUUAUACUAGGGCGGAGAUCCACAAGCAGGCGGCGGGAGCCGGCGCGAGGGUAAUCGUCACGGAGUCGUGCUACGUCGACAAAGUGAGGGACUUCGCGCGGGAGCGAGGGAUUAUAAUCGUCUGUGUUGACGAUCCUCUGCCGGAGGGAUGCUGGCGAUUCUCUGAGUUGCUGGAAGCAGAGGAGAAAACAAAGGAGGCUGAGGAGGAGGAAGAGAUCGUCGAUCCCGACGACGUGGUGGCGUUGCCCUACUCGUCCGGCACGACAGGGCUGCCGAAAGGGGUGAUGCUGACUCACCGGAGCCUGAUCACGAGCGUGGCGCAGCAGGUGGACGGGGAGAACCCCAACUUGUACUUCCACCCCGACGACGUGCUCCUCUGCGUGCUGCCGCUCUUCCACAUCUACUCGCUGAACUCGGUGUUGCUAUGUGGGCUCCGCGCCGGCUCUGCCAUCCUCCUGGUGCGUAAGUUCGAGAUCUCCGCCGUGCUGGAGCUUGUGCAGCGAUACCGCGUCACAAUCGCGCCGUUUGUGCCACCCAUCGUGCUGGAGUUCGUCAAGAGCCCGCUCGUGGACGCCUACGACUUGUCGUCGAUCCGCACCGUGAUGUCCGGAGCCGCCCCCAUGGGCAAGGAGCUCGAGGACAAGUUCAUGGCCAAGCUCCCAAACGCUACGUUGGGCCAAGGUUACGGGAUGACAGAAGCAGGGCCGGUGCUGUCGAUGUGCCUGGCCUUCGCGAAGGAGCCGCUGCCGGUGAAGUUUGGCGCCUGCGGCACGGUGGUGCGAAACGCCGAGCUCAAGAUCGUCGACCCGGACACCGGCGCUGCGCUCGCCAGGAAUCAGCGCGGCGAAAUCUGCAUCAGAGGAGAACAAAUCAUGAAAGGGUACCUGAACGAUCCUGAAGCAACGAGGAACACGAUCGACAAGGAAGGGUGGCUGCACACCGGCGACAUCGGUCUCGUCGACGACGACGACGAGGUCUUCAUCGUCGACCGGCUUAAGGAGAUCAUCAAGUACAAGGGGUUUCAGGUCGCCCCGGCGGAGCUCGAGGCCUUGCUCGUUGCUCACCCAGACAUCGUCGAUGCUGCCGUCGUCCCUCUGGCAGACGAAACAGCUGGAGAAAUUCCUGUUGCUUACGCGGUCCGGUCCAGUGGAUCUCAAAUCACAGAGGACGAGGUUAAACAGUUUGUCGCAAAGCAGGUGAUCUUCUACAAGAGGAUAGGCAAGGUGUUCUUCGUGGAGGCUAUUCCGAAGGCGCCAUCGGGCAAAAUACUGCGCAAGGAUCUGAGAGCGAAGCUUGCGAGUCCAUUUCAAACCCCAUAAGCUAGCGGAUUCGUGGCAUAUGAAUAGAAUCCAGUUUGUGCAGUAUUUUUUCCCGUAUUAAUUAUAAUCGAAAGUGAAGGAUGGAGUUGGGGAGGGCUGCUUUACUGCCGUCUCCGCUCCCUACCGAAAUGCAUUUAAUUUGUUUCCAAAAGUGAAAUGUUAUGCAGUGUUGAAUAUCGACGAAUAAAUAGUAAAGUGUACGUACCCCAAUCACUUAUAUUUAGUUCAUGUUGAUUGUCAUGAGUCAAAUUUAAACUUGAUUAUACUUGUA